UCCAUUCCUUCUCCAUUCACCAAAUUGCUCUUUUGCCUUCCUUUUCUCUCAUCUUCCCAACCUUUUUGACACUACUGUUUCUCUGCACCUAGCUAGGGUUUCUCCUCUGAAUUCAAUAAUCCAACAACAACAGUCCAAAAGAUUCUCAUCUUUUCAAUGGCUGCAGCAUUUUUCUUAACUGGAGAGUCAAAAAACAAUUUUUGAAAGAAGUUACACUAGGUAGACAAGUGAAGAUGGCUUCUUCUUCCAGCUACUCCAACUCUCCUUGUGCUGCCUGCAAGUUCUUGAGGAGAAAAUGCCUGCCAGGCUGCAUCUUUGCACCCUAUUUUCCGCCGGAGGAGCCUCAAAAAUUUGCCAAUGUUCACAAAAUAUUUGGUGCAAGCAAUGUUAGUAAACUCCUAAAUGAGAUCCAACCCCAUCAGAGAGAAGAUGCAGUGAACUCUCUUGCAUACGAAGCCGAGGCACGUAUUAAAGAUCCUGUUUAUGGUUGUGUUGGAGCAAUCUCAGUCCUCCAGAGACAGGUUGUUCGGCUUCAGAAAGAACUUGAUGCCACUAAUGCUGAUCUCAUGCGGUUCACCGGCGGCAAUACUGCGUUCCCUGUGUUUCCGGGGAGUGACGUGGCUAGCCAAAUGGGGACCGGACAAAGGCCGGUCCCUUAUGGAAGAAGGAUGGGUAGUCAUGGUCAUGGAGCUUCUUUUGAUCACAAUUCUGGGCUUUCUUUUCCUUAUAACUCUCCAUGGAAUAAUAACCGUUCAGGAGAUAGUCCUGAGAGAGGCGAUGGAAGCAUGUAAGACGGAAAGUGUUAUUUAGUAGUCUCAAAACACUACUGCAACAUGUGUACGCGAUGCUCUGAUCAAUAAGAUUGUGCAAAAAAGAUGGAUGUGAUUGACUAUGUCUUCCACCCAAUCGAUCACC